CAAACAAACAAAAGAUUGAAUUUUGAGCACAAAAAAAAAAAAAAAGGCCACACCAGACACACCUCGUUUUCUUCUCUGAAUCUUUUCUUCUACUUUUUUUUUUCUCUCUUUCUUUUGUUCCAAAAUGGAUUGUUGGUCUUCUUCUCUCCCUAAUGGAGACGAGUUUGAGAAGCUCAUGAUGAGAAUUAACCCUCCUAGGGUCACAGUUGAUAAUGCCUCAAGCAGGAAAGCCACUCUGAUUAAGGUUGAUAGUGCAAAUAGGCGGGGGAGUUUGUUAGAGGUGGUUCAGGUUCUGACUGAUUUAAACCUGAUAAUAAGACGAGCCUACAUUUCUUCUGAUGGAGAAUGGUUCAUGGAUGUGUUUCAUGUCACUGAUCAACAUGGGAAAAAACUGUCUGAAGAUGAUGUGGCUGAACGCAUUCAACAGUCUCUGGGACCAAGGGCGCAUAGUUUUCGGUCCCUAAGAAGAUCUGUAGGUGUCCAAGCCGCCACAGAAAACACUACCAUAGAAUUGACAGGAACAGAUAGGCCGGGGUUGCUUUCGGAGGUUUUUGCUGUUCUCACAGACCUCAAAUGCAAUGUGGUUGCAGCGGAAGUCUGGACGCACAAUUCAAGGAUGGCGUCAGUUGUUUAUAUCACUGAUGAGGCAACUGGAUUGCCAAUUGAUGAUGCUGAUCAUCUUACCAAGAUCAAGCAGCUUCUUCUCUAUGUUCUAAAGGGGGACAGAGAUAAGCGCAGUGCCAAUACCGCUGUGUCUGUGGAUUCCACUCACAAGGACAGGAGGCUGCAUCAGAUGAUGUACGCUGAUCGCGAUUAUGAUGUGGAGGAUUCAGAUGGUGGGACAACCAGCGAGCCGAGAAAGCCUCUUGCAACUGUGGAGAAUUGCGCAGAUAAGGGAUAUACUGUUGUGAACUUGAGGUGUCCGGACCGCCCUAAGCUGCUCUUCGAUACCGUAUGCACAUUAACGGAUAUGCAAUAUGUGGUCUACCACGCAACCGUAAUUGCUGAAGGACCUGAGGCUUGUCAGGAAUACUAUAUCAGGCAUACAGAUGGCUGCCCUAUUAGUUCUGAAGCAGAAAGGCAAAGAGUAAUCAAUUGCUUGGAAGCUGCUAUUAGAAGGCGGAAUUCCGAGGGUAUAAGAUUAGAACUUUGUAGCGAUGACAGAGUUGGCCUACUCUCCGACGUGACUCGAAUAUUCAGAGAGAAUGGCCUUUCAGUCUCUCGAGCAGAGGUCACAACCAGGGGAUCCCAAGCCGUGAACGUGUUCUACGUGACAGAUGCGUCGGGAAAUCCAGUGAGAAGUGAGACAAUUGAGGCAGUUAGGAAAGAGAUUGGCUUGACAAUUCUUCGCGUAAAGGAGGAAGACUUGAGCUCGAAAUCGCCACCCCAGGAGGGUGGGAGAUUCUCCUUGGGUAAUCUCUUUCGGUCGAGGUCGGAGAAAUUUCUUUACAACUUGGGUUUGAUCAAGUCAUACUCUUGAGUAGUUUGUUUGUUUGUUCAUUAGGCCAAACAAGAUGCUGCCCAACAAUGCCUGUAAAUAUUAGGCCACUCUGUCUUUAGCUGUAAAAUGUUGUCUAAACAGUAAUGGAAAGAUUUAGGUCAGUCACUUUGUUGAUAUUUUGGUCAAGCUUCAAACUUUGAAAUUGGUUUUCAACUUGUACAGUUUCAUCAUGUAUAUAAAUAUAUAUUUCCGUCUUCAGGUUUA